AUGUAUGAAACUUCAAAAGAUCGUCUAGUCAAGCUCGGGGUCCAUUGCGUGCUGGGUAAGAAGGUGGCGAUCAAGAUCAUCAACCGCGAAAAACUCUCGGAGUCCGUGUUGAUGAAGGUGGAACGCGAGAUCGCCAUUAUGAAGCUUAUCGACCACCCUCACGUAUUAGGGCUGUCGGACGUGUACGAGAACAAGAAGUAUUUAUAUCUCGUUCUCGAACACGUAUCGGGCGGUGAGCUGUUCGACUAUCUUGUAAAAAAGGGUAGACUCACCCCUAAGGAAGCCAGACGCUUUUUUCGACAGAUCGUCUCAGCCUUAGACUUUUGCCACAGUCAUAGUAUAUGUCAUCGUGAUCUGAAGCCCGAAAAUCUCUUACUGGACGAGAAGAAUAAUAUUAAAAUAGCGGAUUUUGGCAUGGCAUCCCUACAGCCAGCCGGUUCAAUGCUGGAGACAAGCUGUGGCUCCCCUCAUUACGCCUGUCCUGAAGUUAUUAGAGGUGAAAAAUAUGACGGUAGAAAAGCGGAUGUUUGGUCCUGUGGUGUUAUCCUGUACGCUCUUUUGGUUGGCGCCUUACCCUUUGACGACGAUAAUCUUAGACAGCUUUUAGAGAAAGUUAAAAGGGGUGUGUUUCACAUACCGCACUUUGUACCACCGGACUGUCAGAAUUUACUGAGAGGGAUGAUCGAAGUCAAUCCAGAUAAGAGAUUAACGCUGGCUGAGAUCAACAGGCACAUUUGGGUAACGGCUGCUGGUAAAGGUGAAUUGGAACUGGAGCUCUCGAUGAUGGACGUUGUGCAAACGCACGUGAUUCCGUCCGUGGACGCCAUCGAUCCCGACGUGCUCCAGGCAAUCGCCAGCCUGGGAUGUUUCAAGGAGCGGGAUAAACUUAUCCAGGAACUUCUUAGUCCAAAUCACAAUACGGAAAAGGUUAUUUAUUUCCUACUUCUGGAGAGGAAACGCAGAAGACCAGCCUGCGAGGAUGAACUGGAAGUCAUGAGGGGUGGUUUGAGAGGCUCUGCAGGACAACUGGAAGCUGAUCCACCCAGGAAGCGAGUAGACACUUGCAGAGUCAACGGAAGUACAGCAUUGAAUCUGGGACAAAUCAGUCAUGGGUCACCUUUAACACCAAGGAGGCAAUCUAGCACGAGACACCAUGCGAGACGCUCACCAAGUACGGGUUCCCAUAGUCAUGCUUCACAUUCCCAUACGUCGACACCGGGUGGAUCUCCACUUCAUGCACCGAAUGUAGCUGGACUCCUUAGUCCUCAUAGAGCUGUGCCAAGCUCUCAUUUAGCUCAGACCGGAAGUCCCCAUAGACUGUCCACCAUUGGUACCAGUGGCGGAAAUAGUAAUCCCGCUCAAGGAAUCCCAGCUCCUAUACCGCCAUUGGCCAGCGUUGGCAUAGAAUUAAAUGAAGUUCAGCCAGGUAAGCGUGAGAUUUUAUAUAAUAGUAAAAUUGAUCCUUGA